AUGGCCAAGAAAAAGAACAGCAGUCGCCAAAAAUCUCCUGAAGAUGCUGCUAAGAGGCUCAAGGAAGAAAGAUUGGCAAUACUACAUGCCGAAGUCAGGCAGGAAAUGGUACAAAGACGUAUAUUGGCAGUCAAUGAAAUAGCAGCAAAUCGUACAAAAUUGCACUUCCUUUCGUCAAAAGCAGUUGCUACAGGCCCUGUCGAAAUUUUUGACCGACUCCUCAUCGAGGUCAUGCGUCAAAUAUUCAAGGAAUUGACAGACAUUGAUUCUUUACACUCCUUAAUCUCCACCUCUCGAUCUUUCCAUGAAUGUUACAUCAACGAUCAAUAUCAAUGUGAAGUAUUCUGCAAAAUGCUAGUCGAUGAAAUGACCCUUCCUAUCUUCCUUCAAGCGGUUGCCAUAUCCAGCGAUUCAGUACGCAGAAUACGAUGGACAGGCCACGUGCGCGAGUUUAUGGACCAGUAUUCCACGGAUUCGAGAGCCACAACCUACGAUGGAAGCAGUUAUAAUAUGAGAACUCUGCUUUCAAUUGCAGAGUUCCAUUUGAUAAUAAAAGCUGUUGCUCGAGAUUUUUUCGAAUCUUGUUUGAAUUUGCAUCCGUGGACGCACGAGAAGUAUGAGAAGAGCGAGUUAGGGAGGCAUGAGGAGCUUCGAAUACAACGGGCUUUCCAUAAUCUUGAGCUAUACGUCCGUCUUUUUAAACGCGGCGAUUAUUAUCUCAUUGAGCAAACUUCGUUAAACGAGCGGUUACACGGAAUAAUCCGGGGGCGUCAAAUUGUCGGUCAAGAAAUUUAUGAGGCGUUCUUUGAUCAUUUCAGCUUUUGGGAACUAGAGGAGAUAGUCUCGGUAAAAGACUACAUGGAAAGAGAAUACAAUGAUGUUAUCAACGAAUGCAAAGAUUUUUUGGCAAAAAGCUCCCAGGCUCAGCAAUCCGGUUCUCCAUCGACCUUAAAAAGAAUACUUGAAGCGGGAAACAUCAAGUUGGGCAGCUGCGAUGAUUUCAGGAAACAUUAUAACGAAUUUAAUCGAACUUUUAUCAAUAAGGGUGUUGAGUUCUUUUGGAAGGUUUGUAACCAAAAUGGACCCAAGACGAAAAUUCCUCUUAUAGACAUUCCAAUACAACAAGACAAAAUACUAUUGUCUACUCAAUUCACAAAGAUAAUGACGAUUCACUACUAUCUGAUAGACCAGGCCUCGAAUAAUCAGCAAAGCCAAAUUGAAACAUCAGAAUACCUUCGAUUUCUGGACUGUUAUGAUCGCUCUCCCGAAAGCAGAGCGGGGCAACUCGAUUUUCCAAGCGCCCCUUUCACAUACAGCUUUAUCAGAUUUUUUAUGAUAUCCCAAAAGUAUUGCUUUCGGGACUGUUGGUCAUCCUGGGGUUAUUGUAUGUGGGACACGGAACGACUAUACCAUAUUCAAGAUAUCUUUUGGCCCACUGGCAACCCACUACGACUCAAUCAUGGUCCAAGGUCACGUUUGAGCUCUCGGGUUGUACUUUUACCAGCAUUGUAA